AUGCAAUACAGAUCGAAUUAUGGUCAACGACCGAUGCCACCAGUUGGAAUGCCACCUGGACAACCACCAAUGCCAAUGUCCAUGCGUCCACAACCAAUGCCAGGACAAAUGCCGCCAGGAAUGCCUCAACAACCACAAAUGAUGGGUCAACAAAUGCCACAGCCACCUCAAAUGAUGGGUCAGCAAAUGCCUCAGCAGCCACAAAUGAUGGGUCAACAAAUGCCUCAACAACCACAGAUGAUGAAUCAACAAUAUCCACAGCAACCACAAAUGAUGGGACAGCAAUAUCCACAACAACCGCAAAUGAUGCAGCAGCAACAGCAAAUGAGACAACCACAAUCUGUACCAAUGCAGCCUCCACAACAAUCAUUACCUCCUCAACCACCGAUUGUACCUCAUCAAUCAGCACCUUCUACUCCUCAGGCUCCUGGAAUGCCUCCUCCUCAGCCACAAGCUGCUCCAGGGCAGCCAGAGCCUCUUCCAGCUGAUACUUUCGCAAACGAAUGGAGGAAUUUCCAAUUACCCGAACUAGUACCACCGGAUAAUUCCCAAUUUAUGGAAAGUAUCGACCAAAGAUUCCAAAUUCCUGUUUUAUUACAACAAAUUCGUUCGAUGCCUUAA